CAAGUUGGCUUUGCUUAAAGGAUUGUCAACUUGUUUGGACAUUAUUUCGAAAAUUAUAUUCCAACAUCUCCAUAUCUAUUGUUCUAAAUUUCUAUAUUGAAUGAAUUUCUUUAGUCCAGCAGUUAAUAAAGUACAUAAAUAAUGUCUAAAAGGUCUAAAAAAGAUCAUGUACCAUCAGAUCCGAACGUUAUGCGAAGAAUACAAGAGGAAAUAGCGCGCAAUACUCAAGAGAUGACCUACAAUUUCUGGCAAGAGUUUGAAUUGGUGCGCAAUAUUCAGCGUCGUCGCUUGUCCCAAGAGCAGGAGAUGCGUGACAGGAUCAACGGUCUGGUUAGAACAAUUGAUGAUGAAAGCAAUCAGCAGGCAGAAGAUAUAAGCCGCUCAAUAAGUGUGAAUGGCAUGACCACGCUUGGCAGUGCGGUGUCAAUAACAGCAACAAGGCCACCGGCCAUAUAUCCGGCAGAAGACUCCGAAGAAAUUCAUAGAGUUAUCACACCGGAAAUAAGACAACAGCUAAGAAACUCCUUGUUGGGCACUGGACCAGCUACCAGUUCACAUCCAGUUGCAACGCGAAUGCAAAUGGCACCACAGCGGCGCGGUAGCGGCAAUCAAAGGCGUCGUUCAAAAGCGGCUGCCAAAGUGGAGACAAGUGUUUUACCCUCACCAGCCUUGUCAUUGAAUAUUCCACAAGCGCCACCCACAUCGAGAGCCACGAUUGUCUCAGCGGGGAAUAGUAGACUUCCGAGCAAUCGAACCACGCCAUAUAUGUCUAAGUAUCAAUUGGCUAAGAAGCCAAAAAAAUAGUUUUACUUCUAUUAAUGCUUUUAAAUGAGUUGGCAAAACAAUAUGACAAAUGAAUUAAACGAAAUUUAUUGAGA